UGGUCACGUGAUAUCACAAGAUGGCGACUUCGUUAUAGAAUAUAGAUACGGUGUUUAUUGGGAUCAAUUAUAUUAGCUAUAUGCAUUCAUAUACAACCGGAUAGAUUACACAUUGGCUUUAUCCUCACUGUAGAUAAAUGCAUGUUUGCAUCUACGCCUGUUCCCAUUCCUUAGGUUUGUUUAUUUUUGUCAUGAAGUCGGCGGUACUACUAGCGGUGACUCACAGUCUUUCUAACGUCGGUGGAAAUAGUCAUAUUGCGCAUCAGUUAUCGCACCAAGAAUGGCUCUAAAUGUCUUUGACCAUGAUGAAUACAGGCCGCCAGUGUGGAAAUCUUACCUGUAUCAGCUCCAGCAGGAGGCACCACAUCCACGGCGACUGACCUGCACCUCUGAGGUGGAUAACCGGCCCAAAUACUAUGGGAGAGAGUACCAUGGGAUGAUCUCCAGAGAGGAGGCUGACCAGCUGCUGAGUGUGGCAGAAGGGAGUUACCUCAUCAGAGAGAGCCAGAGGCAGCCUGGGACCUACACACUGGCCCUACGCUUUGGAAAUCAAACCAGGAACUUCCGUCUCUACCGUGAUGGGAAACACUUUGUUGGGGAGAAGCGCUUUGAGUCCAUCCACGACCUUGUGACAGAUGGGCUGAUCACGCUCUACAUCGAGACCAAGGCAGCAGAGUACAUCGCUAAGAUGACCAUCAACCCAAUCUAUGAGCACAUUGGCUACACAACACUCAACAAGGAGCCCACGCUGAAGAAACACUUGCCUGUGUGCCAGGAGGUUCCUGAUGGGCCUGCGCCACAGGGAGAGCUGGGUGACGAGGAGAAAGGGCUCACCUCACUGGUCCGCCGAGCCACCCUGAAGGACAACGACCACGCGACCAAGUAUGAGAAAGUCCACAAUUUCAAGGUGCACACCUUCCGGGGACCCCACUGGUGUGAAUAUUGUGCCAACUUCAUGUGGGGCCUCAUCGCUCAGGGAGUUAAAUGUGCAGAUUGCGGUUUGAAUGUCCACAAACAGUGUUCCAAAAUGGUGCCAAACGACUGUAAGCCUGACCUCAAGCAUGUCAAGAAAGUAUACAGUUGUGACCUUACGACCCUGGUAAAAGCCCACCAUUCCAAGCGACCCAUGGUGGUGGACAUGUGCAUACAAGAGAUUGAGUCUAGAGGUGUUCAGUCUGAGGGCCUGUACAGAAUCUCAGGCUUCAGUGACCUGAUUGAAGAUGUGAAGCUGGCUUUUGACAGAGAUGGUGAAAAGGCGGACAUUUCUGUGAAUGUGUAUGAAGACAUCAAUAUAAUCACUGGCGCACUGAAACUGUACUUCAGGGAUUUACCCAUUCCUCUUAUCACGUAUGAAGCCUACCCAAGGUUCAUGGAGGCAGCAAAGAUUACAGAUCCAGACAAGCGGUUAGAGGCCCAUCAUGAAGCUCUGAAGCUGCUGCCACCUGCACACUGUGAAUCACUGUGUUAUCUCAUGGCCCACUUAAAGAGGGUAAUCCAAAAUGAGAAAGACAACCUGAUGAAUGCAGAAAACCUUGGCAUUGUUUUUGGGCCCACCCUCAUGCGGGCCCCAGACCUGGAUGCGAUGACGGCGCUCAAUGACAUCCGCUAUCAGAGACAGGUGGUGGAGACGCUCAUAAAGAACGAAGACAUUCUGUUCUGAAAGGCGAUUGAUUAGCAAUGAAGGAAUCCUAAAUCGUGAAUAAGCGAUGUACUCAUCAUUUAGAAAGGAGGAAGUGACAAUGUUUUUAAUGUUUUCCCUUUGUAAAACUAAGACUUGAAUAAUAAUGCACCAUUGUACAUUCCCUUCCACUCCCAGUGAGCCCUGUCUGAAGAGAUGUCUGAUGGGUUUGAAUCCCGUACUUUAGACGUGUCUUUUGCAUGUUCACCCCCCCCCCCCAUUUGUGUCGGGGGUAAUUGAUGUAACACUCAUUCCUUUGGAUAGCUAGUAUGCGUUUUUGUUUUCAGAUAUUGUGUUACACCAAAGGGAGAGAGGACUCAACUUUAUCUCUGACAUAGUGUCUUUGACAGCAUGGGCAGUGCCAUUGAUGCUACAACCCAUAGGAAUCCCCAUCCAGUUGGCUACUUUUAAUACUUUGAAAUGGCAGAGGCAUGGUGGAUGCCCUCAAUGGCAAUGUCCAUGCCAAAAUGGGUUAUAUCCACGAUGAGUCCUCUCUCUAUGGGUCACAAUCACUCAUUAACUGCUCUCUCUGAUCUUGUAGAUGUGGCUCAUUUGUUUCAUGAUGAGUUUAUUCUUCCUGUGAAUCACUAAUGUACCUGGAUGUAACAUACAAUACUAUCGGUUUAAAAACCUUGUUUAUUUUGUUUAAUAUUGUAUGUUGUUCUUUUACGUUCAUUUAAAAUAAAUACAAUGGCAUAUUUCUAUAAUUUCA